AUGCACUUUAUUAACCUACAUUACUUCUUCUUAGAAUUUCCGAAAGACUGCAGUGAAAUCCCACGGUACAAAGACAGUGGUGUCUACGUCAUACGUCCUACAGGCUUACACCCGCUGAUUGUGUACUGUGACAUGACUACAGAGAGUGGGGGUUGGAUUGUCAUUCAGCGCAAUAGCUUCAACUCAGAGAUAACCUGGGAUGAAUCUUGGACCACUUACAAAUAUGGCUUUGGUAAUGUGGAGAAGGACUACUGGUUGGGCUUGGAGUAUCUCCAUCACAUUACUAAGCAGAAAGUCUAUCAGGUGCGGUUUGUGAUUCUGGAUGAUAAAAAUGAAGAGAAAUAUGCUGAUUACAACUACUUUAGAAUAGAAGAUAAGGUUAAUGGCUACAGAUUGAGACUGGGCAGCUAUACAGGCACUGCAGGAGAUUCCAUGUCUUCAGUUCAGCCAGGAGCCACACAUGAUAACAUGAAGUUCUCAUCAAAGGACAAAGACCAAGAUAUCCACUCUUCUAACUGUGCAUCCAGCAAUGCUGGUGCAUGGUGGUAUGCUGCCUGCCUAGCUUCCAAGCUCAACAACAAAAAUGGGAUUCAAUGGUAUGGACUGUGUGCUGGUACUUGUAAAGGAUCCACAAUAAUGAUCCGUCCAGCUGAUUACUGCAUAUAUUAA